UCUGAAUAUAUCUAUUAUUUUAAUAUAAUUAAUGUUGGUUGCAGUGCGGUACUUCGGGGGCCCGUGGGCAGACCUGCAAUGUGUCUGCCUGUUAACCGCUACCCACUGUAGACGCCUGUCUAUUAUUACUAGCACCUGCCUACUGUUACCAGCGCCUACCCACUAUUGCCAGCGCCUACCCACUGUUGCUAGCGCCUGCCCACCUGCCCACUAUUGCCAGCGCCUACCCACUGUUACCAGCGCCUGCCCACCUGCCUACUGUUGCUAGCGCCUGCCCACUACUGCCAGCGCCUGCCCACUACUGCCAGCGCCUGCCCACUGUUGCCAGCGCCUGCCCACUGUUGCUAGCGCCUACCUACC